AUGCCACCAACGCCCAAUUUUGUAAGAUAUGGUCCCCAUUCUUCUCGUCUAGUCUACUCUUUCUUCACUCUGCUCUCGGCCGGUAUCUCUCAACUUCGAGGAAAUAAUGGCGAGGAUGGAACAGUUCAUCGUUUGGCAAGGCGAAAGUCAACAGAAGACAUAGUCUUUCCAAUUCUCAUACCCAUUCUCGUUUUGCUUUCGGGUCUGUUUGCUGGUUUGACGCUGGGUUAUAUGAGUCUGGAUCAGACACAGUUGAACGUCCUCAGUGUUAGCGGUAGCCCUGAACAGCGUCAAUACGCCAACAAGAUAAAACCUAUCCGCUCGAAUGGACAUCUACUUCUUGUCACUCUGCUACUAGCCAACAUGAUCGUCAACGAAACGUUGCCUAUCAUCUCAGACCCAGUCCUUGGAGGAGGUGUUCAAAGCGUUGUCGUCAGCACAGUGCUCAUCGUCAUUUUUUCGGAGAUUAUCCCUCAAUCUCUGUUCACGCGAUACGGUUUAUACCUCGGUGCAACAUUUUCUGGUCCCACCCGUUUUCUAAUAUUCGGUUUGGGUAUCGUGUCUUGGCCCACUGCCAAGCUUUUGGAUUGGAUCGUAGGGUCAAAUCAUGGUAUUAUCUACCGCAGAGUUGAACUCAAGGAGUUAAUCAGGAUGCAUUCCUCCUCUUCUCCUCAUGGAGGCGAUUUGAACCAUGAUACCGCCGCUAUCAUAGGUGCUACGUUGGAUUUACAGGAGAAAGUCGUAGCUCAGGCGAUGACUCCACUUUCCGAAGUAUUCAUGGUUCAUAUCGACGACAAUUUAGACUAUACUCUACUGAAACAAAUUGUCGAGACUGGCCAUAGCCGUAUUCCUGUAUAUGAAGAGGUUGAUGUUCCCGUUGCUGCAAAAUUAGGCUGGGCAGAUUCUCAGCAAUCAAAACGCGAGAAGAAGAUUAUCGGUAUUCUACUGGUAAAACAAUGUGUUCUCCUCGAUCCAAAAGAUGCCACUCCCGUCCGCCAGCUGCAGUUGAACAAGGUCCCGUUCAUCCCGCAAAACGAAACGCUACUCGGAAUCCUCGACAAGUUUCAGGAAGGACGCUCACACAUCGCCAUCGUCAGUCGGUUCAGCGUCGAGAAAGCCAAAAGCGUCAAGAAGGCGGUCAAACAAACUCUCACUCAACGAUUGAAGGAGCGUGUCGGAAUGGAUUCGGAUAGCAGUGACAGUAGCAGUGAUAGUAGCAGCGAGUCGGAGACAGAAGGCUCGAGCACCAAAAGCAAGCGCCGCAGUUUUCGAAAACGCUUCAAGCGGGGAAGCAAGCACGAGAAGGUUGACAAGGAUGCCACAUUGAAGGGUGACUUCCCUUCUGAUGCUGGAAAACCAGAACAAAUGGAGAUGCGCAAGGUGGAUUCUGCUCCUGGUGCAUUUGGUAUAUCGAAGCUGGAAGCUAAUAUGCCGGCGGAUGCUGUACUUACUGAACAUGGUGCGGCUGAGUUCUUGCAAAGCUUUGAUCCGGCUAUUAUGCCACUUGGUAUUAUCACUCUUGAAGAUGUCCUCGAGGAGCUUAUUGGUGAAGAGAUAUACGACGAAUUUGACUCGGAAGGUGCACACGGAGAGCCCCUACCGGUCCAAAAUACCAUAGUAUCCCCUAUACUUGUCGCCGGCACCAUGUCCUCUACCAUGCUCGCCCCGCUUUCCAACGUCCGGAAUCUCAACUUUUUCCGCUCCCGCAGCGCUCCACCAACCAAACGUGUCCUCCGUGCCCCCGCAGGGAACUCUGACCUCCCAAGCGAAAAAGAUACUACUACUUCCGAAGCGACUAUGGAACCAGUCAAAAACGGCGUCACCCCCGUACAUGCCGAUGGGAUACUCAAAGGGAAAUCAGAAGGAUUGGCUGCUCCCCUUACGUCUGAACCUGCUCCUCCUGCUGCUAUCGAAGCUAGGUUGUUGGAUAGGAAACGUCGCAAAGCUUCUUCCACUACACAAACUGGGGGUGAAGCGACGCCUACUAGUGUUGGAGCUCCUCGCCCUCGUCAGGGGCCAAAAAGUCGUUUCAAGAGUGGGCCGUUGCAGAAAAACAAUGUUGUUUCCGCUCCGCAAGACUCUAGCUCUGGUAUCCCCAUCCCAGAGAUCAGGGAACCUGUGAAAGAAGGGCCCUUAUCUACUGCGAUGGAGACGGAGGAGGCGAGCGUUCCCGGCGAGCAGCAGGACAUGGAUGGGGAAACGUCAUAA